UAAAUGACAGCUAAACAGCUGAUAUUUUGAGGUUAUUUUCAUUGUUUUGUUUUGAUUUCAAAGUAAAAAUCUAGUCAAAAUAAAUUUAAAGGAAAAUGACCAUAAAAUCGCAUGAACGAGUGGCAAUCGACAACGACGAUGACCCUGUGGAAGCGAAAUUGAAAAAGGCGGGAUGCUUGGAACUUCACUAUAAAGUGCAGGAAUGUAUAGCUACAACCAAAGAUUGGAGGAAGUGCCAGAGAGAGGUGAAUGAUUUCAAGGACUGCAUAAACAGGCAUAAGCAACACAUGGACGGGGUUAAAAGUUAAUAAAAUCAUUAUUUAUCAA